UAAAUAAAUACAUGUCAAAAUCGCAAAAAGAAUGACUAAUUUUUGGUAUGUUUGCAAUCAUUUAAAAAUUGAUCCACAUAAAUUAUAGUGUCACUGUUAUCAUCAUCACUUAUCAUCAGGAUUCAGGAAGUUGACAAAUACUUUGCGUAGAUUGAUAGCAUGUAUACAGUUUUCAGUCUGGAAAUUUUACUUCUUUUCGCCAAUAAUCAAGAUAUGUGAAGUAUGAUGGAACAUGAAAAACCAAUUUAUCGUGGUAAUUUACUUUUACCAGCUGCUGGAAAAAUUUUAUUGAAAAAAUCCUGGCACCAAAAAUAUUGUAUGUUAUUCAAGUCAAGCAAAUUUGGGAUAGAACGAUUGGAAAUUUAUGAUGGGGCUGAUUCAACUAAACAAUUACAUAAAAUAAUCAAUUUACAAGAUUGCAUCAAGAUAAUACCUAGAAGCCCAACAUGUUUUGCGAUAACUACAAAUUCUGCCCUUCAUGAAUUUGAAGCUCCAUCAACUGGUUUGAUGAAGGAGUGGCUGUCUUCUUUGCAGUCAGUUUGUUUCCCUGAUGAUUGUUCUAAGAUCACUAGUGUGGAAGAAGAUAAUGAUCUAUACUGCCCAUCAGGAGAAGGUAUAUUUAAUGUGAAACUUCAUUCAUCUCCUGCUUCUACAAGAUGUGGCUUAGAAUCUAAGCAGUAUUUACUAGUUUUAACUAACAACAGUGUGCAAUUGAGAAACUGCCAUGAUAAUAAAUUGCUUUUCACUUGGCCCUACUGCUUCAUUAGGAGGUAUGGAUAUAAAAACGGGAUGUUUACUUUUGAAGCAGGAAGAAAAUGUGAGUCUGGCGAAGGAAUAUUUUACCUUCAACAUUCAGAUCAGCAAGAAAUCUUUAGAUGUUUCUCAUCAAAAAUAAAAUCUAUGAAAAAACUUCUAUCAAAUGAAACAUUCCCAACAAUUUUCGAUAUGGAUUCUUCAUUUCAUACAGCAUUGAGUAUGGAGGCUAGAUCUAGGAGUCCCCUACCUUUAUCUCUAGCUUCAUUACCUUCAAUGCAUGAUAUUGAACAAAAUUCAUCUUCGAAACCUCCCGAGUUCAAUGAUUUACUGGCCAGUAAACUCAAGCCCAUUGGUAGACCUAUUCCAACUAAGCCUCCAAGAAAACACAUUCCUCCCAAAGAUGAUGGCUCUAAGCAACUCUAUGAAGCAGUUAAUAAAUAUGAUGAAAUCGAAUAUAUAAGUGAGGCUUGGAAGACCAUGGGAGUUAAUGACGUGACCCACAAAGAGGUUGUAGAACCUGAAGAGGAAUACAUGUCUUGGGGAGGAUUAGAUAAAAAAGCACCCAACAAGGUUACUACCACUAUUCAAGCCCCCAAAGUAAUUUUAGAACCUCAGAGUCAAGAGGACUAUGAUAAGCUAAAUUUCUUUGGGUCCAAAAGCAAAUUUAAUAACUCGGGUAGCAGUUAUAAGCAGGUCAAGGUCACCUCCAAUGAUUCACUGAAUCCACCAUCAUUCAACGAUUAUGAUGAAAUCGAAGUUGAACAUUUAGCAAAGGGCCUUGCUAGUGAUGAUAAAAAAAUGGCCAAAAAUUUCAUUUCAGUUAAACCGUCCCUCCUUAAAUCAAAAGACAAUCAAAUUAGUCACCAAUUCCAUAACAAUGAACCUUAUGCAAUAAUUAGCAAGCCAAAACAAGUCUAGUCUCAGAUGUAAUUCAAAUUUGAAAUUUUGAUUCAUGGUGAAAAGAAAUUAUUGCUAUUAAAAUUGUGCUCAAACUACUAAUCCCCAAAAUAUGUAUUAUGAGAAAGUAUUAAGUGAUAGUAACUAAAAUAAUAUUUCUAUCAUAUUUAUAAGAAUACAUUUUUACUGCCGUUCUUGUUAAUGUUAAAAAUAGAAUGUGUGUCAAAACGAAAGUCGAAUGUGCCUUAUAUUUUUAUGUAUAAAAUUAUAUUUACCAUUAAUAAAUAUUUUUACCAACCAAA